AUGCAAAUGAGAGAAAUAGAAAUAUACGCACUAGAGGGCUUGGUGGACAGUGGAUGGGUGCUUCUGGAUGGCUGGCGCUAUAGGGCGCUCAAGCGCGGGAACGCGUGUGUGUGUGUAUACAUCGUGAAGCGUGGGAAUGUUCAAUGCAUGGCGGUGGAGGAAUGCGAGGUUCUACACCAUGACUGCAGCUUAAAAAACACAAUGAUUGUAGAUCUGUCAGGAGGUGAUAGUAAAGGGUUUCUAAUUGACUGGGAGUCCACAGUGUGCAUCAACCCAUAUCUGAAGUAUGCCAUCGAUGCACAACAGGCAGCACUGGGCAGAAAGAAACCGAAAUAUAUCCCCAAAAUGUCUUCAAACACUUUGAUGUUGCCUGUAUCGCAUGUCAUUCAAUGCUUUUCAGACAACCUCGAAUCAAUUUUCUUCAUAUUCAUCUGGAUUUGCAUCAAAUUCUGUGGCACCCAUGGCCAGGUACACCAGGAUACCAUAGGAAACUCAAUAUCUGAUUGCUGGAACAACAUGGACCUUGAAUCCUGCACAGCCUUCAAGGGCAAUUUUUUCGCAACCAAGAAGGAGGAACACUGUCUUGUAGACGAGAUCCAUCCUUACUUCAAAGACUUAAUCCCUCUUGCCAAGGAGUGGUGUAUGGCUUUGAAGGACAACAUGGAGAACCCUGUUUCCUUCAACACCAUCCUUACAUUAUUAAACACUCAUCUUGACUGCCUUCCGGAUGACGAGGAGCUCAUUUCCACUGUCAAGAUACUCAGACAAUCUGCUGCUAUUCUCACAGACCGUGUCAAGAAGUGUGCCGCUGUAGGGAUUCAUUUCUGGCUGGGCUUGUAG